AUGUUAUCCGACCUCGCCGACGAUCUCAUCCGCCACAUCAUCGAUAAGGCAGGCCUGUCCGAAGCGGCCAAGUUAAAGGCUGCAAGCCGCCAAAUGCGCCGCCUUGCGAGCAAGUGUGUCGAGCGUCGCCUCAAGCGCCACCGCACCGCCCUCAAGACUCUUGCGACGAAGCUCAGCGAGGAGGCGUCGACGAUGAUCAAGGAGACGCUUGGUCACUGCAAGUGGCCGACAGUGCUUGAUCUAAGUGAUAUGAAGUAUAGCAGCAUUGCCGAUCUAAGUGGUAUGGAGUAUAGCAGCUUUACCGACGUCGCUGCAAUUGCCGACACGCUCACGGGCAACGAGGUGCUGACCGACCUGAAUCUGUCGGGCAACAACAUCGGCGGCGGGACCGGCUGGAUCAAGGCGAGCGAGGUUAAGGGCGAGUCAAAGGAGGUCGGGGCUAAGGGGGUGGACUACGACGGCGAGCUGAAGCUGGUCAAUGUAGUGCAGACGGGCGUACUCGCGAUCGCCGACGCCCUCAAGGGCAACGGGGUGCUGACCACCCUCGCGCUCCCGGACAACAACAUCGGCCCCGGAGGCGCCGCCGCGAUCGCCGAGGCGCUGCGCGGUAACGUGGUGCUGACCUCCUUGGACGUGGGUGGCAACGACCUCACCGAGGAGGCAGCCCUCAGCAUCGUCCGCGUCGAGCGGCAGCGCAACAAGCUGACCUCCCUGGGCUUGGCUCACUGCAGCAUCGGCCCGACUGGCGCGGCAGAGAUCGCCGACUACGUGUCGGGCAGCAGGGUCCUGACCGAGCUCAACCUCGACAACAACAACAUCCGCGAUGAGAGCGCCGCCGCAAUCGCCGAGGCGCUGCGCGGCAACAGGGUGCUGAAAGAUCUCUCGAUUGCCUACAAAAAUUAA